UUUUUUUUUUUUUUCCUUUUACGUAUGCGAUGAUGUACUUUGCGAUCGGACGGGUUUAAACAUUGCGUGUGCGCUUUCUUCGGAAACAUAAAGCCGCUCCUUAGGCGGGCAGUUGGUGUGUGAUAUCCCCUCGGUGCUUCUCCUCCUUCCGCUCCCGGGCCACCGGGUCGCGCCUGCCGUCAGGGUUUCCGCGCCAUGAGCAUCGACACACUUUUGGAGGCGGCCAGAUAUCUGGAAUGGCAAGCCCAGCAACAACGGAACACACGUGAAGAGCAUCGAAAAGAGAAAGAACUUCUCAACAAGGAGGCAGAAUACAAGUGCGUAGAGCUUGUAACUUCAUCGUCCCAGCCAGUCAGAACCAACCAUGUCACUUGGGGAGAUGACUCGUAUCAGCCGCAGCUACACCAAUCGCCUGCCCCUCAGCCGCCCCCUCUACCACCACCUCAAGUCCCCAUCGCUGUCAUUCCCAUGGUCCCAGUGGUUACGGCAACACCCUCAGUCCCACCCCUCCCACUUACAACACAAGUUGCUGCAGCAGCAACGGCACUUAACAUCUCCCCACCAACCAAAAACUCUUCUUCCCCACUGCAGCCUCAUCAGGCGCUGCCGGCGUCUCACCAUUUGUUGUGCACCCCACAGAUGAAGAUGGACACCAAUCAGCAACUUGUCGGUGGAAACCCCAGCCAAUCACAGUCUCAGGUUCAGAUUCCGUACCCAGCCUCUGUCAGCACUACUGGUUGUGCCUCGCAACAUGCACUGAUCACCCAUCAGGCUCCACCUAUAUCACAGCCGCGGCCUAAUGGAGUGACUAUGGAGGACAUGAGGGCGAUGGAAGGGAAGAGGAGACCAGGAGGUGCGGGAACUAGAGAAGUACAUAACAAAUUGGAGAAGAACAGGCGAGCGCACCUGAAAGAAUGUUUUGAGACGCUGAAGAAGAAUGUUCCAAAUGUGGAUGAGAAGAAAACCUCCAACCUCAGUGUGCUGCGCAGCGCUUUGCGUUACAUACAGACUCUAAAGCGGAAGGAGAAAGAGUAUGAGCAUGAGAUGGAGCGCUUAGCCAGGGAGAAGAUUGCGGCACAACAGCGUCUUGCAGAGCUGAAGAAUGAACUGAGUCAGUGCAUGGAUGUCCUAGAGAUAGACAGAGUCCUGCGACAGACCGUCCAGCCAGAGGACGACCAGGCCUCCACAUCUACCGCCUCAGAAGGAGAAGACAACUUUGAGCAGGACACAGAAGAGGACAUCUCCACCCCUCCUGUGGCCACACCCCUCAUUAAAACCACACCCAAUAUUUUACAAGCCCAACCACUCAUCACUCCUCAUUUGUCAAUCCAGCAUGCCACUCUGCCUCUGUCAGGGGUCCUCACCACGCCCUCUCCCUCAACUCACCUGCCUCCUCAAGCUAUUGCUCCUGCCCCGGCUCCGCCCCCUGUACCCUCUCCUUAUCCCAUUCAGACCUCGACUGUGCAGGUCCAGCCUACCGUCAUUGCUCACGCCGCAGUCUCUCAUCCAUCAGUGAUCCAGGCGGUUAAUCACACCCUGCCAACCAAUCACAAACACCUAACGCACAUUGCCCCUUCUCUCGGUCCCACUUCCUCCACCCCUCAGCCAAUCGUAGCAGCGGCGGCUGCCGCCACCGCUCACCAGCAGAUCACCGCCCAGCCCAUUGGACACAUCACUGUGCACCCGGUGGCUCAUCUGGGAGCCCCCCUGCCAUCACACAUCCCCACACUCUAUCCACAGGGCGUGUCCGUGUCUGUGUCCCAGCCUGCCGUGGUGGGCCACAUCACCCACACCUUCCCCCACCACACCCUGCCACACGUGCAGGCUAACCCUCAAGCCAACACAGGCAGUGGCUCACAGGUGAAUAACGCAGCAGUGAUGAGCCAGGGGAGCCCGUCACUAGGGAAACCCACAGCUGUACUUGCCCCGCACCCCAGCGUUGGACAGGCUGCCGUCCUCAACCCUGUUACCAUGGUUACAGUCCCAACCUUUCCUGUUAGCUCUUUGAAACUGGCCUGAGAAAAAGAAAAAAAGAUUGAGUGACUGCACGCUUUGAGUCAGCCUUCUGGCUCAUUCUUCACACUCCUUUUUGAUUAUCGAUAGAUCGUCUGGCGUACACAUGGAAAUUUACUGCAUACACACAAACAGCAGACUAAAUCAACUGUUAUGAGCUA